UCUAGCUAUGAUCAUUACCAGCUUGCAUUCACCAAAAUCAGGAAGUUAGAAAGCAGCCUGUGCCGCAAGAACGCCUUUAGUCUACAGCGAGCAAAGCAUCUUUAGGGAAGUUGGCUUCUUACAAAACCCAGAAACUGAAGUCUGUUCAACAACCAUCUCAGCGAUGAUCGGACGUGUGGUGAAUACUGUGCAGUUCUGAAGAUUCCGCCGCCGUUGUGACAACUGCACUACGAAGAGCUACUUUUCAAGAUUACACAAGUAUAUUCACGGGGAUGGCGAUGAAGUAUGAAGGGUUGUUGGGCCGUUUCCUGCCCCUACUCUCCUCCGUCUGGGGGGUCUGCCAGUUGUGCCUCUUCUCGCUUCUGCUCGUCCUUUCGCUCCGGGUCUGCUGGGCGCUGCUGAAGUACUGGAGAAACGCCAGGAGACUGCGGUGCUUCGCGCUGCCCCGCAAACGCAACUGGCUGCUGGGGCACCUGGGCUUGAUGCAGAACACAGAGGAGGGUCUGCAGGCAGUUGACCAGCUUGUCAGCACCUUCCAGCACUCGUGCGCCUGGUUCCUGGGGCCUUUCUACACGCUGAUCCGGCUCUUUCACCCUGACUACACCAAGCCCAUCCUCCUGGCACCUGGUAAAAAAAGAGAGAUCAUGCCUGUUACGGCUGUGCUCCCCAUUGCAGGUCAUGGUCUCCUCCUGAGUAACGGGGAGUACUGGGCCCGCCACCGGCGCCUCCUCACACCUGCCUUCCACUUCGACAUCCUCAAGAUCUAUGUCGACAUUUUCAACAAGUCCGUCGACAUCAUGCAUGAGAAGUGGCGCCGCCUGGUGGCAGACGGACACAGCUGUCAGGAAAUGUUUGAGCAGAUCAGCUUGAUGACACUGGACAGUCUCCUGAAGUGUACCUUCAGCCAUGACAGCAACUGCCAGGAGCGUCCCAGCGAGUACAUUUCUGCCAUCUAUGAGCUCAGCACCCUGGUGGUGAAACGGGAGCAUCGCAUGCUGCACCACUGGGACUGGCUGUACUGGCGCACGGCCGAGGGCCGCCGUUUCCGCCGUGCCUGCGCCGUGGUGCACGAGUUCACCGCCAGCAUAGUCCAGAAGCGCCGUGCACAACUGCGCCUGCAGGGGGAGCCAGAGAAGCAGGGGGAUGGUUUCAAUAUGAACAAAGUGACUGACUUCAUUGAUGUGUUGCUGUUGUCUAAGGACGAUGACGGCAAGGGGCUCACGGAUGAGGAGAUCAAGGCGGAGGCUGACACCUUCAUGUUCGAAGGUCACGACACCACGGCCAGCGGACUCUCCUGGGUCUUAUACAAUUUGGCGAAGCAUCCGGAGUAUCAGGAGCGGUGUCGCGCUGAGGUGGACGACCUGCUGGAGGGCAGGGACAGCGACGAGCUCGACUGGAACGACCUGUCCAACCUGCCCUUCAUCACCAUGUGCAUCAAGGAGAGCCUGAGACUGUACCCCCCUGUCCCUGCAGUCACACGUCGCCUUACCCAGGAGAUGACAGUGCCCGGGAAGCGGGUGAUACCACCAGGAAACAUCUGCCUGGUGAGCAUCUAUGGGACCCACCACAACCCCCACAUCUGGCCCGACCCGGAGGUUUACAACCCGCUCCGCUUCGACCCCGAGAAUUCCAAAGGACGCUCUCCUUAUGCCUUCAUCCCCUUCUCUGCAGGACCCAGGAACUGCAUCGGACAAAACUUUGCCAUGGCGGAGAUGCGGGUGGCAACUGCACUGACCGUGCGGCGUUUUCGCAUCACACCCCGGGACAGCAAGGUGCGGCGGCUGCCUGAGCUCAUCCUGCGCGCAGAGGGGGGGCUGUGGCUGCGGCUGGAGCCGCGAGACCCCCCCAGGGGGUAGCUGGGUCAUAUGACCGCUUUGCCUGCCUUUCCUCAAGGAUCUCACUUCUUAUUAUCAGGGAGCCUGUCUAAAAUAGACUCUUGUUUUUGUAGCUCUGUAUGCUUUUCUUGCGGGGGGGGAGUUCAGUGUGUGACACCCCCUCGGGAGGCCUUGCUCUGCCUUCCUGAUGAGUGAUGACCGUAUGUUUGUUUGCUCUGACCCAACAUCGCUGUAUUAGUACAACCAAGUCCAAGGACCAAAGUGAUGCACAUUAUUGCUGGCCCACUAUGUCUGUAUUUGAAAUAAAUGCACAGUAAUUCAUAACAAUUAAUGUGCUCAGGUGCAUAAUCAUUGUAUUUCUUUUUUCAUUUUCUGUUAAGCACUUUGAAUGGCCUUUGUCAUAAAAACCUUUGAAAAUGUGCUGUACAUAUAAACUUGACUUGACUAAUGUUACAUGAUUAUUAUUGACUUAUUAGACCAAAGAAGUACAGGAAAUAAAUAAAGAAAUCACGCCUA